AUGAGACUCAGGAUACCCACGGUCUUCACCCACAAAUCCUUUAUCGAAUCCCUCUCAAAUCAGAGGGGAUCAGCCUCACGCCGAUACCUUUCGUCGUCUCCUCUUCCUACCCAUAAAGAUCACCAGUGUCGCAAAGAUCGACAUACAUCAUCCUUGAGGUCCACUUCUGUCUCGGAUGGUGGGAGUGUAUCAGUGGUGUCGCUUUUCAAGGAAGACUUUGCAAGCGCAAAGGUCUAUAUGAAAGAGCUGGAUUUCAGACAAGCUAGAAGAGAGGCUCAGAAGCGGUACAUGUACAAGUGGUAUGCGAUUGUCCUCAUAAUCGCCGUAUUGACGGCUUUGAUCACCGCCAAACACGAUACCAUCGUGGAUUUCAUGAGACCGCUUUGUGACCGUAUCAAGAGCUGGCCAGGGGGAUUUUUGAUACCCAUAGCAGCACUUAUCGUACUAUCGUUCCCUCCUCUUGCUGAAGUUGUGGGCGUGUUAUGUGGGCUGGUAUGGGGUUUGUGGGUUGGUUUUGCUAUUCUUGCCGCCGGAACGUUUUUGGGAGAAAUAGCUACCUGGAUAGCGUUCAAAUGGUGUUGCCAGGCGAGGGCGUCCAAGUUCGAGAAGAAGAAUAAACUAUACUCUUCAUUGACGCAGCUGAUCAGGGAGAAGAGUUUCAUGUUUGUAUUAAUCCUGAGGUUCAGUGCUGUACCAGGUCAUAUCACGACUGCUGUAUCCGCUUCUGCUGGAGCCAACUUUUGGAGCUAUCUUCUAGCAGCCUUCUUGACAUUACCAAAGCAAUGGACCAUUGUCUAUCUGGGGAAAGCUUUUGGCAACUCUACACAUACAACAAAGAUUGUCUCUGCGGUCACCACCGUCCUGACGAUCCUGGCUACCGUGGUCGCCGCCGUCUAUAUCUACUACCAGAUGCGGCUCGUCAUGCGCCGACAAGAGCUCGCUGCCGCGCCCGACACUGCAACGGUCUCGGUCGUAUUGUCAGACUUUACCGACGAGAAGCGCGACGGAUUACAAUCCCGCAGACCAUGGUUGUCCACCGAAGAUGGUGCUCCCGGGGAUAAUGGCGGUUUUAGGACACUAACGAGGUCGUGGAGUAUGCCUGGGCAUAUGAACGACGAAGAGUUGCGGGCGUGGCUGGCGGAGAUCAAGAAUGAAAAAGCUAUGGCUGCCUCGACGGGCGUGCAGGGUGAAGGGAUUGGCGUUGCUGAAGGGGCACCGGCUAUCAAAGUAGAAGGUGUCACCAUACUCGACGACUUGCCUCCGGCCUUUUCUGCUCCCCCAUCGCCAAAGCUGCUGGACACAGCGGCCACCACACCCGGCAACAUCAGUCCUGCGUUCAUCCCUCAAGAAUUCGCCUCGCCAUCUCCAUCCCCUUCGCUCCUUGAGCUCAACAACAGCCACCCUCCUACCAUUGCUUCUCGCCGACAGUAUACAGAUAGACGUUCUGUAUCGGACACGUCUUCCAUCUACGAGCCGUCGCCUGGGAGCGGGACAAGCACGCCCCGUCGGUAUGGCGGACGGGAGAUGGCCGAUGAUGCCGAUGCGUACGCCGUCGCCCAUGGUGGUCAGCGACCAGAUUUCCGCCGUAUGCGAGGGGACUCGCGCGCUGCUCUACUUGGGCGUCCAGUGGAUGAUGCUGCGCUCGACAUGAGCGGCUCUAGUUGGAAGAGAGAGUACAGCUACGGACGUUCCAGGGGUGAUAGUGCUUCCACCACUUGGAGCCGACCUAUGAUAGAUGAGUUGGGACGAACCAGGGGAGAUUCUGUGGGAACGGUACUCGUACACUCUGGAAGACCCACACUAGAAGAUAUCGGGGUCGUUCGGGGUGAGAAUGGAUGGGUGAGGGCGGACAAUCCGGCGAGGAAUAGUCAUGGGAGGCGUCGAGGAGAGAGUGCGGCGGGCUUGCUUGGUAGACCGGACGACGAUGAGGUGAGGCUUCGGGCAAGUAGUGCCGGCCGGAUACACUCGAGGCGAGAGUCGGAUUGGGAGGUGCUCAAAGAGGAUGAAGAGGUGAUCAAGGGAGACGAGAAUGUUUGA